AUUAAAAUAGGUGUGGUUACCCACGUGGUGUCUUGAUGAUUUUGUUAAAGAUUCUUAGAGUCAGACAUUCUACUUCUUUUAUAAACUCUUGUUUUCCAUUUAGCUCAGUAUUAAGGUGGAACACUGUGAUGUCAAUUCCCAAAAUCGGGACGCACAAUGGGAAGUUCCAUUGUGACGAGGUAUUAGCGUGCUACAUGUUAAAGGUUCUUCCAGAGUACCAAGAAGCAGCUAUCGUUAGGUCGAGGGACCCCCAGGUACUGGAUAAGUGUGAUAUUGUGGUUGAUGUUGGUGCUGUCUAUGAUCAUGACAAGUUACGCUAUGAUCAUCAUCAAAGGGGUUUUAAUGAGACAAUGCAUUCGUUAAGUAAGAGUACUAAACCUUGGACUACCAAACUUAGCAGUGCUGGCCUGAUCUAUUAUCAUUACGGAGAGAGGGUGUUGUCUGCACUAACAGGUUUUAGCAUUGGAUCGUCAGAGUUGGCUAGUCUUUAUGAUGCUGUGUAUAAUAAUUUCAUUGAAGAGAUUGAUGCUGUGGACAAUGGGAUUCAGGAUAGAGAGGGCAUACCUAAAUACAAGAUAACAAGUACUAUUGGAUAUCGUGUUAGUAGACUUAAUUCACGUUGGAAUGAUACAGAUCAUAAGCCUGAUGAAAGAUUCAAAUACGCAAUGGAGAGAGUAGGGGAAGAGUUUAAUGAUAUCAUACAACAUUACAAGGACUCAUGGCUUCCGGCUAGAUCUAUUGUAUUGUCUGCUAUUGAAAAGAGACACGAGGUUGAUGCAUCGGGUGAGGUUAUUAAUUUAGAGCAGUAUUGUCCAUGGGUUGAACACCUCCUUAUGCUGGAGUCUCAGAUGAACCUUAAGAAAACUAUAAAGUUUGUCCUCUAUCCGGAGGAGAGUGGGAAGUGGAGGGUACAGGCAGUACCUCUCGCUACUGGCUCCUUUGUCAACCGUGUGUCUUUGUUGGAGGAAUGGAGAGGACUAAGAGAUCAGGAACUAUCAGACCUAUCUGGUAUACCAGGCUGUGUGUUUGUUCAUGCCAAUGGAUUCAUUGGCGGUAACUCUACACUUGAUGGUGCACUGUCUAUGGCUAUGAUUACCUUACAAAAUAGGAAGAAAUGACAAUAUUAUUAGUGAAAAAUUGAUUCUCUAAUAUUAUUUUAGCAUAUAAUUUUCUAUGAGAUGCACUCUUAAAAUUAA